AUGUUGGGAUAUAACGUAUUAGAAGUGGACCAUGUGCCAGAUCCGCUCAAAAAUCAGCCUCGCUGGAAAGUCUGUUUAACAGUGACCCUGGUCCUCAUCGCCAUCACUGCCACCGCCGUAACAGUUGGAGCCUUAACUGGCUACACGUACUGCUACAUUGAACAUCACACGAUGGGAGGACAGCACAACCGUUCAAAUAACUUCACAGUUGUUCGGCUUGCACCGCUCUACGAAAGUGAAAAAGCUAAGAGAAAUAGAACCAUAAACGGAGCGAUCUCCACCCUCUUAAUUACCAAACUCUUUGACUCGGGUUGGCCACGGACCCACGAGCAACCUUCGAAUGACGAUUCCUCAAGCGAAGAAGAAGGUUGGAUACACAUCAUACUUUGA